AUGUCUCCCAUUGCAUCCCAUUCACAGAGACCCCCACCUUCACUAUCUGUGGAUGAGGAGAAGUUUGAGCAAAACUCGGACAACACCAUAGCCGAUGAUUAUGUUGAUCCACGUGUGUUCGACCAAAGGAGACGCCGCGCGUUCUCUCGCCAGUACAUGAUUAUCGUAAUAUACCUCCUGUUGACCCUUGGAGGUCUCCUGCUUACCGCCGUCGACGUUACUUCAACCGCCUACUCCACCUCAAACCUCAUGCGCUGGGAAUCGUCGGCUUCGUUUGCACUGGAGUCAUCACACCCGUCUUCCUCCCACGGCCACCAUGAUACAUCACCAAAGACAUAUGACCCAUCCUUUCCAGCGAUGAAAGGAGUUAUGAAGUCGCCCUGUGGCCAUACCGCUGGUGAAGCUAGAGCGCGAGGUUGUCACUUUGACAUUAUCACUUUUUGCUGGCUACCAGACCGCUGCUACGAUGCGGAACUAUCGGACUCCUUGGAGAAGUUGGUCGACUGGAAGUGGUACCUUGACCGGAACAAGACACAGCCAGUCCCCAAGGAAGAAGCCCUGCAGGGGGAAUUGGAUGGACUGUAUGUAAGUUGGGAGUAUUCUGUGCAGCACUGUGUGUACAUGUGGGAGAAGAUGCAUCGAGGGUUGCUGGGAGCGGGUAAAGCGGCAAUCGACACGUAUAUCGGCCCCUAUAGCCAUACUGAGCACUGUGGAAAAAUGAUAUUGAGUCCGGGGGGAGGUUAUGCGAUGAGCGAUAUCAACACUCGGAUUCGCGUGAAGUUCCCUAAUUGUGGAAUCAAGUAG